GGCAUAUAGAGUACAUUGUUGCAUAUACUGAUGAUUAGAGUCAUGGGUUACAAUCAAAAUCGACAAAUGCUGGCUCUAUUCAUAACAGCAGCAAUCAUGUUUCUUGGUGUGAGAUCAGACUUGAAUCAAGACAUAAAGGGAUGUCAGGACUCCAUGUCUGAUCUCUACUCAUGUCUUCCUUUUGUAACUAGCAAAGCUAAAGCUCCAGACUCAACAUGUUGCACCACACUCAAGGAAAAAAUAAAUAAAGGGCAGACCAAGAGAUGUCUCUGCACUCUUGUCAAAGACAGGGAUGAUCCUGGUUUAGGGUUCAAAGUUGAUGCCAACCGUGCAAUGAGCCUUCCUUCCACUUGUCAUGUCCCUGCAAAUAUCUCACAAUGCCCAGAGCUUCUACAUUUGCCUCCAGAUUCAGUAGCCGCCAAGAUUUUUAAGCAAUUCACUGAAGGCUUACAAAAUGUUGAACCUAGAGCAGUCCCCACAAGUUCAAGCGUCAAAGGAAGAGAUAAGAAGCAAUUUGGUCUAGUGAUGGCUGGAGCUUUCUCAGUAUGGUACCUAGUAUAAUCCUCUGUUAUGAAAGUUAAUAAAUACAACCAAACUCACUAUACAUGUCGUAUCUAUCAGUUGUGGAUGUACCAUGGCUUGUUAAUAAAACAUAUUGUGUUCUCUUAGCAUCUCAUUAAGAUAUUAUGUGAUGGUAUGUUAUAUAA